AUGUACUCCCAGAUUCAAACGGCGCAGCACGUCUACGACGUUCGGGCCCCGGACUACGAAAAAUCAUGGCAUCCAGACUAUACAACACGGCUCAUGAAACUGGCCCCCCUCCAUGAAGGCGAUAAGGUCCUAGUCCCUUGCUGCGGCACGGGACUCGAGUCCUUCAUGGCGGCUGAGGCGGUCGGGCCCCACGGUCUCGUGGUCGGCGUCGACGUCAGCGAGGGCAUGCUCAAGGAAGCGCGGGCGCGACAGAGCCGGGAGGCGGCGCUUGCCCCGCGACUACGUUUCAUUCACCACGACGCCGCGUCUCUGGGGACCUGCACCGAGCUGGGCGAGCUGGAGGGGAAAUUUGACUUGUUGAUCUGCAGCAACGCCUUCGUGCUGUUCCGCGACCCGGCCGGCGUCGUUCGGGGCUGGCGGGGGUGGGUGAGGGACGGAGGCCGGAUGAUCAUCGACAUCGUGCACGAGAAGAGCUUUGUCCCAGGGGUCGUGAUCGAGAAGGUCAUGGCGCAGCUGGGUGUGGCCUGGCCCUGGAAUCGUGCGUGGGCUCGGGGUCGAGAUUCGUUCAAGGAGAUACUGGAGAGCGAGGGCAUGCAGGUAGAGGUGAUCGAGUUAUUGAACACAAAGUCCGAGCAGCCGGUGCUAUCAUAUGGUGUAGACGAAGCUGACGAGCAAUUUGAAUCCGUCGCCGAGUCAGGUUUCGCUUGCAAUGUUCGAUGGCAGGGCGAUCAGAGGGAGAGAGCGAAGGACUUGUUCAGGAAAGAAUGGGAAAGCAUCGCGGUGGAUGGCAAGGUGGAAGCGGUCAACGCAUUAUACGUCUAUGUCGCUAGGAAAAUAUGA